AUGGCAACCCGCUCCCGGCCGCCCUCUCAAGCCCGCUCCCCUAUUGAUCAGGGAGAGUUGGGACCCUUCCUUCUGCCAGCCUCCCCUGAGCUCGGCAAAGUCUCACUCAAGCGGGUCAUCCACCUUCUCUGGGGGCUCCAAUCCCAAGUCGACCGCAUCAAGCGGACCCUCUUGGAACAAACUGAAAUUAGUCGAGAGGUUCAAACCAACGUCAAGAAUAUCUCACAAGCGGUCAAUGUUGUCAAGGAUGGGCUUACCCAGCUCCAAUCCGCCCGGGGUCCCCAUACCCCAGAAGAACAAAAACCCCCCGCGGUCAAGGAAACUCCCAGGGCCGCGCCCAAAGCCGAGCCUAUUGGCAAGGCUCAACCAUUCCUUGGGGCCCCAGCCCCCAUCAUCUCCACAGGGGCCCCCAGGCGCGACCCCCUAUCCCUUUUCAAUCCCUACCCUUCCUCGUCCUUCCCUUCAGGACCGGCUCCAGCAGCCCCCCAAGGACCUCCGCCAGCACCUGUCACUACCCCGGCGCUGCCUCCAGCCCCCUCCACUGUGAAAGUGGACCACCCAGAUGCCUUCAAAGGCAAAAUAGGCUUGGAGGCCAAACAGUGGCUGACUCGAAUGUUGGCCUGGGUACGUCUCAACCAGAGGCAGUUCCCCUCGGACUUGGAGGUCCUCAGCUUCCUUCUCAUGAAUAUGGAGGAAGCGGCCGGGGCCUGGGCCCACCCCCACUUGGACCAACUAGGGUCCCAUCGCGCGCUCAUCCAAACCGUGGAUGAGUUUAAAGUCGAAUUCCUGGCUGCGUUCGGAGACCCGGACGCUACCAGAGCAGCGGAGCGGAAGAUCACUUCCCUCACCCAAUCCGGCACCUGUGCCGAAUACAUUACUAAGUUCCGCACGCUGCAAAUGGAGCUUGACUGGAACGACGCCGCACUCCGUGGCCAGUUCGCGCGGGGACUCCACUGGCAGGUCCAAAAACAGAUUGCCACAAGGGAGAGGCAACCCCGCACCCUGAGGGAGCUGCAAGAUGCUGCCCUCAUUAUUGACAACGCCCUCCGCGAGGAGAGAGCCAGCCACCCGCAACAGGGUAAUAAGUCUGGCAAAUCUUCCACCACCCCCAACCGGGGGGCGAGUACCGGCCAACAGGCCACCAAAACCGGCCCCCUCUCUUCCGAUCCCAACUACGUCUCGGAAGAAGAACGUAACCGCCGCCGCGCAGAAGGCCUCUGUGUGAAAUGCAGAAGGGCCGGACACAAGUUUGCCGAGUGUAGAACCGGCUGGAAGGCUACCCCAAAGGAGGACAAGGGGAAAGCCAAGGAAGCCGCCAAGAUUGGCAAAGACUCCGAGUACCAAUCGGGAAAAGAUACCAAUAGAAACGCCCCACUUUUUACAAUCCCAAUUCAACCAGAGAAAGAAGCGGAUACAUUAGAAGUCCUGAUUGAUUCAGGCGCCACAUCCUCAUUCCUCCACCCACGCACCGCCGAGACACUACGCCUCCCUCUAAUAGAUCUCCCUCACCCCCGUACCGUUACUAUGCUCGAUGGGUCGAGCCCCCAGGCAGGCAAAAUCUGGAAGAAGGCCAACCUAACCUUCUCCUUUGAUGGCAAGAAAAUGACCAAGACCUUCCUUAUCUGCAAUACAGGGUCUCACACCGCCAUCUUGGGACUGAAGUGGCUAGACGCUCACAACCCAGAAAUUGAUUGGAACCAACGCACCCUCUCCUUUCCUCAUGCCCCACCAGAACACGUGGCCAUUGCCGAAGAGGAGGAAGCUGACAAGAACCCCCUUGAAGGAGUUCCCCCCAAGUACCAUCAAUACGCCAAGGUAUUCGGAGAGGAAGAAUUCAAUAAGCUUCCUCCUCACAGACAUUACGAUAUUGGCAUAGAACUCACGGAGGAAGGUCCCUUGAACUCGCCCCUAUACAGCAUGACGGACGCCGAAUCCGCCACACUCAAGGAUUGGCUAAGGGACAAACUCAAAGCCGGGAAAAUUUGCCCAAGCAAGUCUUCCAUCAGCUCCCCCGUAAUGUUUGUGCCCAAAAAGGAUGGUUCCCGCCGCUUGGUUGUUGACUACCGUUGCCUCAACAACAGGACAAAGAAAAAUGUGUAUCCAUUGCCCCGACCAGAUGACCUUAUGGCCCAGCUUUGCGGCGCCAAGGUCUUCACUAAGCUGGACCUAAGAUGGGGUUAUAACAAUGUCCGAGUUAAGGAAGGCGAUGAAUGGAAGACUGCGUUCCGCACCAAAUAUGGUUUAUACGAAUCCCUAGUCAUGACUUUCGGCCUUACCAACGCUCCCGCCGCCUUUCAACACUUUAUGAACAAACUAUUCAAGGACCUAUUGGAUGUAUGCGUCAUCAUCUACCUCAAUGACAUCCUGAUCUACUCUAAGGACGAUGCAUCCCAUACACAACACGUUCAUGAGGUCCUAAAACGGCUAAUGGAGAACCAACUGUUUUGCAAGGCAUCUAAAUGUACCUUCCACGUCACCUCUGUAGAAUACCUGGGUAUCAUUGUCUCCGAUAAAGGGUUCAGCCUGGAUAAACUCAAGAUUCAGGCGGUACAGGAAUGGCCGGUUCCCACUAAGGUUAAAGAAGUCCAAUCGUUUCUAGGGUUUGCCAACUUCCUACGUUGUUUUGUCGCCAACUUUAGCCACAUGGCUAGGCCCUUGCACAACUUGGUCAAGAAGGACGCAACCUGGAAAUGGGAUACUAAGGAACAAGAUGCCUUCCAAGGAUUGAAGGACGCCAUUACCAAUGCUCCGGUUCUCUGUCAUGCGGAUCCAUCCAAACCAUACUUCCUAGAAACAGACGCCUCCGGUGCAGCCCUGGGUUCUAUACUUAGUCAACGCCAGGAAGAUGGACGCCUGCACCCAUUAGGGUUCUUGUCGGAGUCAUUCAAGGGAGCCAAGCAAAACUAUGACAUGCACGACAAGGAGCUUCUAGCUAUUAUACGCUCCUUUGAGCACUGGCGCAUAUUUCUGGAAGGAACACCACAUCCAAUCACCGUGUUUACAGACCACCGCAACCUGGAAUACUGGAAGGAGUCCCGGACAUUCAAUCAACGCCAUGCACAAUGGCACCUACUCCUUGCCGGAUAUAAUUUCCAGAUAGUUUAUCGCCCGGGGAAACAAUCAGGGAAACCAGAUGCCCUCUCACGCCGCUCGGACCAUGCUGACGUCCCUCCUGCCGACCAGACAAUGCUCCCGGCUGCCCUAGACCAAGACAAGUCCCUGGAGGAAAUCUUAAACUUCCUCCAAAAUGAAUCAAAGGCGCCCUCGUCCAUCAAACGGGCGUUCAAGGACUAUCAAAUGGAAGCAGGAUUGCUCUUCUACCAAGGAAGAAUUGUGGUCCCCAAUGUCGGAACCUUACAGACGGAUCUCUUACAAAUCUUCCAUGACAGCCCACUGGCAGGGCAUCCAGGAAGGCAACGAACCUUGGAGUUGAUCUCACGCAAUUACUAUUGGCCGGGCAUCCGCGCAGAUACGUACUGGCACGUAGACUCCUGUGAAACUUGCCAACGCAUCAGGAAACCCAAGUACGCGUCCAUCCCCCCUCAACCCCUGGAAUUACCUACACGGCCUUGGCAACAUGUGUCUUAUGACAUGAUAGUAGACCUGCCCAGAGACGGAACUUGCGAUUCAAUCUUGGUCAUUGUUGACAGCUUCACCAAGUACGGGAUUUUUGUCAAAUGUUCCAAAAAACUCAAAGCACCGGAGCUGGCGGAACUAUUCCUGGAACAUGUGUGGAAACGGCACGGAAUGCCUGAAAAAACAGUCUUGGAUAGGGGAAGGGUCUUCAACAACAAAUUCCUGAAAGCGCUAUACAAACGCCUAGGAAUAGACCCUCACUUCUCUUCAGCUUAUCAUCCCCAGAGCGACGGCCAAACGGAAAGGGUGAACCCCUCCAUUGAACAUUUUCUCAGGGCUUACUCAGGGAUCAACCAACGGGACUGGACCAAAUGGCUCCCAAUGGCGGAGUUUGCGUACAACAAUGCCGUACAUAGUAGCACGGGGAAGACUCCCUUCAAAGCCUUAUACGGAUGGGAACCCACCUUAACCCCGUCAAACAUACCAACCAACGUCCCAGAAGCAGACGACCUUGCCCAGACAAUGGAGGCACAAUGGAAGGAAGUGGAAUCGGCACUCCGGCAAUCUAAACAACGUAUGACGGCCAGGGAGGAAGGAGGCCCAACGGAAUUUGUAAUUGGGGAAGAAGCUUGGCUGGACGCCAAAAACGUCAAUCUCAAAACCUUAAGUCCAAAGCUUACGGAACAACGCCUAGGACCAUUUAAGGUUAUUGAGAAAAUCUCCAACCGGGCCUACCGCCUGGAACUCCCUCCAACCAUGCGAAUCCACAACGUCUUCUAUGUAGGGCUCCUGUCUAAAGUCAAAAGAGACAAGAAGCGCACCUUUGAAAAUUGUCCCCCUCCUGUCACCGUGGACGGGGAAGAAGAAUACAAAGUAGAAGGAAUCACCGAUGCCAAGGAACAAAACGGGAAAUGGUUCUUCCGAGUCAAAUGGAAGGGUUACGGGUCUGAAGAGAACACUUGGGAACCUCGAGAAAAUCUGAAAAAUGCCGAGAAAAUUUUAGAAAAAUACGAGAAGGAGAUGAAAAGGAAGGCCCUUGGCGCUGCCAAGGCCCUUAAAGGGGGGGGCAGUGUCGUAGACACAAUUGAUACCAGGGAAUUUAUUCCCAUUUUCUCGAAUUUAAACGAAGACGAACGGACAACUUUUCAAAUCACGUGA